CAUCUUUCAUUGUUACACAGUUUCGAAAAAGAGACGAGUUUACUGUUUAGUAAGUAAGUGAGUGCUGAAGUUUAUUAAGAUGUAGAAAAGGAACGAUAACUUUUGUUAAAACGUACGUGGCUGAACGAUGAAAAGCACAACUAUUAAAGGUUUAAAAACGUGAUCGUGUAAUGCAAACUCUGGUGUCGUAGCUCUCCACACUCUCCAUUCCAUGCUGUUUGGCGGAUUGGAGACCUGAACCAGCCAUCAUUACAACAUGAUAUGCAAGUUUUGCUUUUGCUGGUAUUGACCUGCCAUCAGCAGCAAUCUCUUCAGUCAUUUCUUGGAUAAACAGCAUCCAGACAUCCAGUUUGAUUGGAAAAACUCUGUCCUCGUGUACUUCCAUGUGAAUGUGGGGGUAUUCACGAAGACGCCCAUUUUCCGUCAUUCAACUUUUCUUUGGAUGAAGCACUUGUGGUGCUUGUGGAUGCCUUACUGUAUUUCCCAGGCAUAAAGGUUGAAUUAACACUUAAAGAGGACCCCUUUUUCCCUAUCCAGCCUGGUGGAGUCAACUAUACUGAGGAUGGAGCACUUGUGGGGGAUGCCUGGCCGUAUUCUCCCAGGCUUCAAGAUUCCGCCCGCUCUGAAUAGAUUCAACAGCCAUGAUGAAGUGCCAGCUCAAGAUGACGCUCAUGCUGCUGCCGGCCCUGGCGUUGAUUCUCGCGAGCCACUUGAUCUCGUCCGUCGGCGCCAACAUCUUCGAUAUUUCGGCGUUGUCUUAUCAGACGGUCGUCGUCAAAGCUGGCCACAGUGUCAACUUGACAUGUCCGGGAGUGAGUGAACUGUCGUUGAUUUCAGCGCUGGAAUGGCGCUGCCAAGGAUGUAAUUUGCCACCGUCCGGAUCCUCUUCAUCAUCAUCAUCUUCCUCAUCGGCGGCCAACGGAACUCGGAGUGUGUCCGGCGGUGGAUUGCACGGCGAAACGUCGGCCAUCAAACUGGUCGAGUACAGCAACAACGCGGUCGUCGUCUGGAACAACCAGGACCGGAUGACGCUCGACUCUCAGACCUACGCCCUCCAGUUCUUCCCCGUCCGGCACUACGAUCACGGAGAGUACACCUGUUUGGUCAACGAGCGACGCCGGCCCGACACCAUCAUCCACCUCGUCGUUCAAGAUGUUCCUGAUCCACCGGGCAGGCCGCUAAUUAUGGGCUUCACGUCCCGAUCGGUCAACCUCUCCUGGGCGCCCAGUCUCAGUUCACACGGCAGUCCCAUCAGCCAUUACAUCAUCCAUACCAGAGUUGGCGAAGAAGGCGAAUGGGAUGUGCAGAACGCCCUGGUGACAUUGACGAAUGCGACUAGUUCGCAGGUUAUCGGGCUGCUGCCUUACACUGUCUACAGCUUCCGCGUUGUGGCCAUCAAUUCGCUUGGGCCGAGCACGCCCAGCCGGGAAUCCUAUUACAUGGUGACACUCCGAGAAGUUCCUGACGGCAAGCCGCAAGUGACGUCGGCCCACAACUCGAGCUCGACGUCGAUCUAUCUCAACUGGAAGCCGCCGCCGAAAUCCAGCAUUCACGGCGAAUUUCUCGGAUACCGACUGGCUUACAAGCCACGCGACGACACCAGUCCCGAAUCGGUCCAGGAGAUUUUCCUCAGGGAUCCCAGCAUCGAAAGCCAUGCUAUUCAAGGCUUGCAGACGUUCACGCAGUACAUGAUUUCGCUCCAAGUGUUUAAUCCGGAAGGAUUGGGGCCAAGUUCCACCGUAAUCGUCAUGACCGACGAAGGAGUUCCCGGAAAACCUCUGAAUGUAUCAAUUGGCGAUGUUAAUGAUUCCACUAUUGCCCUCAGCUGGUCUGAGCCGGAAAAUCCAAAUGGGCUCAUCAAAGGCUAUCGAAUCUAUUUCAUGAGGAAGAAUUUCACUGAUGUCCAGACAGUCCGUAAUGGAGAAAAAUUUCAGAAGUUUAUUCUGACUGACCUAGAAUCCUACAUGGAAUACAAACUUUGGCUGAAAGCUUUUACUUGGAAACACGAGGGUGAACCAUCUGAACCAAUUAUUGUUCAGACUGAUGUUCGUGGACCAAGUGCUCCUCGUAUUGCCAACCUAACCUGUCACAAUGCAGACACACUGUUCUUACAGUGGCACAGACCAUCUAUCUACAACAAAUCUAUUGAUUUGUAUUACAUUUACUACAGGAGAGAAGAUGCAUGGGAUUUUGAAGAAUUGGCUGUGGCAACCACAACUGAUCGCCUGGAUCACAUGAUGUUCCUUCCUAAUCUAACGACGAAUGUGAUGUACGAAGUGAAGAUUCGAGGAGCUACUCGAAGUCUCUUUUCGCCCUCUAAAAUCUACCCUGGUCUUUUCUCGGAAUCCCGCAAGAUUUUUGUUGCUCUCGACUGCGAUCGGCUUUCUCUGUCUCAUGUUCAGAGCGGAAGCGAGAUUUUCAGUCAGGAUAUCGAGUUAAGCGCGGGCGUGGUUGCUGCCAUGGUUUGCGCGUCAUUUGCGAUACUUCUCUUAGUAUUGGCAUUUGUCCUUUGGCGGAAAUAUUUUCAGGCUGCUUACUAUUAUCUUGAUGAUGGGCCUCCCACAACACCCCCGCUCAACCAGCCAGCGUGGGAUGGUGGUGAACCUCCAACGCACAAUAACAUGACCGUAAUCGUCGAUGACGAUUCAGACUUUGCUGAAAGUAAAAAUAAGGAAUAUGGCGUCAAUGCCAAAGGGCCCAUUCCAGUGCCGCUUUUCCCCCAACAUGUGGCGACGCUGCAUGCUGACGGUGACAUUGGGUUCUCAAAAGAAUAUGAAUUUGUUCAAAACGCUUCUUUCCAAGGAGAACUAAAUUCUGAGCAUUCAAUGAAUGAGGAUAACAAGAAUAAGAACCGUUACUUGAAUAUUGUUGCAUACGAUCACUCCCGGGUUCAAUUGAGGCCUUUACCAGGCCAGAAAAAGUCAACGGAUUACAUAAACGCUAAUUACAUCGAUGGCUUUCAGCAAUGCAGAGGUUAUAUUGGAACGCAAGGGCCACUACCGUCCACUUUUGACGCUUUUUGGAGAAUGAUUUGGGAACAGAGGGUAGCUGUUAUCGUUAUGAUUACCAACCUAGUGGAACGCGGACGAAGAAAAUGUGAUAUGUACUGGCCCAAAGAAGGGGUGGAAACUCACGGAGUUAUUCAAGUCAAAUUAGUCAACGAAGACGCCAGAGCCACCUACACAAUCCGGACCUUUUCGAUUAAGCAUCUGAAGUUGAAGAAGAAGAAAUCUCAGAGUGCAGAGCGAGUCGUCCUCCAGUUUCACUACACCAACUGGCCCGAUCACGGCACUCCGGAACAUCCGCUGCCUAUUUUGAGCUUUGUUCGUCAAUCGGCAGCAGCUAAUCCGAUUGGAGCUGGGCCAAUCAUCGUCCACUGCAGCGCCGGAGUUGGACGUACUGGAACGUACAUAGUGUUGGAUGCUAUGUUAAAACAAAUCGAAUGUAAAAAUGAAAUAAAUAUUCGCGGCUUUUUGUGUCACAUCCGCAAUCAGCGCAACUUUCUCGUCCAAACCGAAGAGCAAUACAUAUUCAUCCACGAUGCUCUGCUAGAAGCAAUUCAAGCUGGAAAUACGAAUGUCCACAGCAGUCAAUUGACUCGAUAUCUCCAGCUUCUCCAAAGCGGUUUGCCGGCUUCGCUCUUGUCAGACAAGAUUAUAGGAAGUAAUUCGACUGCGAGUACACUAGACACGACCACUACAACCAUGACGAUGAAUUCCAUUGGCAGCCAAGAAGAUUUGUGGCUGUUGCUCGAUCAUCAGUUCCACCUGGUGACCAAUUUUCUGGUCCAAGAUUUUCACCUUUCAUCUGCCGUGAAAAAUUGCAACGUCCAUAAAAACCGCAACGCUGCACUUGUAUCCGUGGAAAGUGCCAGAGUUUAUCUUACACCAAAGCCGGGAGUUGAAGGGAGCGAUUACAUCAAUGCGACAUGGUUACAAGGGUAUCAAAAAUUAAAAGAGUUCAUCGUUACUCAGCAUCCGCUGGAGGCAACAGUGAGCGACUUUUGGCAGAUGGUCUGGGAUCAUAAUUCGCAAACGGUCGUUGUCCUCUCAGACACAGCAGACGACGAUUUUCAAGUGUUUUGGCCGCUAAAGCAGGCGGAUGUGGAAUUUGAAAACUUUCGCGUCCGGUUUAUUGACGAACAUAAAAUUCAAUUGCCAGCAGUUGGCAACCAUCCGGCACAUCCUGAUGAGUACGUGACCCAGAUUGAAGUUGCCGCUCAGUCUCUACAGGAUGAUUAUGAACUGCGGGUGCGCAUCUUUUACUGCCCCAGCUGGCCGUAUCGUGGUGCCGCCAACCCAGACCUGGCUGCCCUGUUCCGUCUGCCUAAAUUAGUGAUUGAUUCACACCAGCAGUAUCAGAACGGGCCCGUAGUAGUCGUCGACCGUUUUGGUGGUACAGAAGCAGCCACGCUUUGUGCGUUGACGACGUUGGUGCAGCAGCUAUCUCGUGACCAGCACGUCGAUGUCUACAUGUACGCCAAGUUGUACCACAGUAAGCGACCCAACGUGUGGCCUUCGCGGGACGACUACAUGUUUCUGUACCGCUGCGUCGAGGCCCUGCACCAUCACUUGCCCGUGCCACCCUCCACUCCGCCAACGCUCCAUACUUCCUUCAGCUUGCCACUGCAACUCAAUGGCUAUGCUGGCGGCGGUAUUGGUGACACGGUGAGUUUGACGUCACUUCCGCCAUUGUGCACCACUCCGAGCACGACCAGCCCCAAUGGGGACGUCGUUUGUUUCAGAAUACCACCGGAUGGUAUGGAGCAAGAAAUGGUGGACGUCGUGUGAAACUUUGCCAAUGCCAAGGAGAGGUUCUUUCUUCUUCGGCGGUUUCGUCUCUCGUUCGCCACGUUGACGAGUGCCAAAAAAUGGGUGCAACACCAGUGAGUGCAAGACUGCUGCUAAAGUAUUCGUCCCUUGCUCCCUUUAUAUACUCCCUCUUUGUGUCCCUUUUUUUUCGUUCCCUUCUGUGUAUUUUUUUUUUGUUCUUUUCGUUCGUCUCUAGUCAAACAUCUGCACAAUUUUCUUUUAAGAAGGAAAUCACAUCGGUUUUACAAUCAUAUUCUUUUCUUUUCCCUUUCUGCGCAAUUCCAUUUAUUCUUCGGAUUGGGAAGAAUCCAAUUGACAGGUUAAGAUUGUUAUGACAAUUUUCAACAGUGUAUGAAUGGGAUGGGAUCAAGGGUAAUUCAUUACCGAAGACUAUUGUAGGUUGAGUUGAAUAUUAUCAAAUGUAUCUCAGGCUCAAAUGAAUUCGCACUUUGUAACGAUCUCCGAUUGACAAAAUUAGACAAAUUCUUCUUCCUCUUUAUUUUGCUUUUCUUUGUGUGUCUCACUGUACUGUCCUGUCCCUCGAAACCUUCGUCGCGCAUUUCAUUGCAUUAUAUAUUUAUAUAAAUAAUACGCAUCCAUGUACAAUGAUGUGUCCGUGCAUUUUUCUGCAGCUCGUUCACCUUUGUUUCCUCUGUAUGGUGGCAAAAUAUUUCGAACUCGUCUUUAAUUAGACACCAAAUAUAUGGCUAAGUGCAGCUUUAUUUCUGCAUUUUCUACAUCAUUGAGUUCUAAUAAUUAAGCUGGAUCGCCAGUUUAUAAUUACUCAGUAGUUUCGGAUGUGUGACGUUCAGGCCAGCGAUAUUGAGGCCAGUCCCCGGACACUGGCGGAGUUCUUAUGUCUUUGGAGUUCUACGGUCGCCAUAGGCCAUACCAAAGUAAAUUGCGUUUUGGACUUGGGGUGUCUGAGGUGUCCAAUAGAUGACAUAGGCGUCGUCGUUUUCAUGUGAUGGCGGAUUGUUGUGUGAGUGGUUGUCAAAAGUUUUCCUAUUUUUCCAUGAAAAUUACCGAUGAAUUCAUUAGAAGGAACAGGAAAGGAAACAGUAGCAUACAAGUAGCCUAUCAUCACUACCACCAACUCUUUUAUUAAAAAUCUUCAUUCUGCUGAAUGCAUCAUACAGUUAAUACAGGUCACUACCCCAGUGUGGACAUAUUGUUUUUCUGAACAUGUUUUUCAACAAAUAAUUCAUUGAUGUACAAGGAAAGCUAUGAAAAAUAUCAUCAUCUAGGCCAUGGGUAAUCUUCAGGUUUAUUGCAGCAGCUUAAGAGAAAAAUAUGAACAUAUGCAGGGCACAUACCAACAUGUGUUGUAUUUUUCUGAAUGUUAAACACAAGCAGUAGAUUCAACAUGCCAAAGUUAGUUGGAACUCAACUCACUGUACGAGUGUACGCACUCUAACCCAGAUAACUGGUGCUUUUGCCUUUCAGCCAAAGGCAGGAAAAUUAUUCUUUUCUUCAGAAAAUUGGAAAGCUGUUGGAGUAAUCUGGUGUUCAUGCUCAUUUGAUUCAUUUCGUGCCAGUUAGUGAAAGCCGAAAGGCAUGUCGAAUUCAAUUGAGCCGUGCUGUCUCGAAGCAAGCAAUCCAGCCGUUGCGUUCAGUCAUUUGGAACAGGAAUCUAAUGGCUGUCAAUAGGUGGCUAUGAAUGAUGCCCACCAGGUGCGCGAGUGUCUUCAGGUGUGAAUAGCGGCCAUUUUUUUCCAAGACGCAGCAGAAAUGGGUUGUUGGUUGUGACGUACUUCGUGAUGAAAAUUAAAAGGUGAUUCAGCACGUAGAAACCAAUUUGCCAAAUCAUUCAACUGACUCAGACUUGGAAGUGCCUGUACAUUUCCGAAAUGGCGUGCCUCGUGUGUCUCGCUGCCUGUUCUUUGGCGUACGUCUCAUCCCAUUCAACAGCAAAAAGUAUAACAAACACUUCUUUAACACUGUUGGUUACCUUGUUGCAGCCGAAUGGUGAAAGGUGUGACGAAGACAGAUUGAACCAUUGUAUGCAGCAUGCGGUUGCAGUUUAAUCCAGAAGUUGCUGUGCUGUUGUAGCUGAGCUGUUCCAUCUGAGUU